AUGCCGCCCAGCGACGGGAACCAUAACGCGAGACCCCCAUCGGGAGCCCGGGGGAGCAACAAUCACCAACUCCCCCAGCUUCGCUAUGAUCCAGACAGUGGCAUGACUCGCUACGACCCAUCAGCCACUCGCCUUCCCUCCGAGCCAUCAACAAGUCGUCUUCCCUUUGCGCCACCCUCUCAGUCCAGUGGGUCUCACCACCGCGGCCGGUCGCGAUCACCAGUAAGAUCCCGCCCAACUCACUCCCUCCCCCCACGGCCAAGAUCCCCUGCGAGAUACAGCGAGUCCAAUCGUCACAGCCUUCCCCGUCGACCUGACAGGUCGGACCACUACGUUUCGCUUGAGCGCAGGCGCAGUCCAAGCUUCAGUCACUACAGCCCUCCUCCAGGUCGCUACAGCGAGGCAAGAAGACGAAGCCCGCCCAGCCGAUACAGCCCACCGCCCCGCGACCCAUCAUCUGCCGGAUUUGGCGAACCCCCCGGGCCCAGGCGUCAGAGAGACGGCGACCCCUCGAGCUGGCCGAGCCAUUCCCACACGCUGGGACCCUCGCGCGGACUGAGACAAUCGGAUCAGCCUGCCCCUUCGAGCGCCCCGGUCCCAACCAUCAACGCGAGUGAGCCCAGCGGUUCCGGCAAUCGCCAGCAAGCAUCCCUCACCCCGAGCACGACAGCUCCCGGCAGUGGCCACGGCCUCGUGAGGGGCCCGAACGAAAGCAAGUCGGCGUUCAAAAAGAGGAAAAGGAAGGCCCAUAUCGAGCGUUCAUCACAGCUGGGGCAACGGGGCCAGGCUCAGCAACCUCCACCUCAGACGCAGCAGCAGCAGGGGCAGAAGCGCCCUCAAAAUGCGUCCGAUGGCGAGGAAGGCAGGCAGCCUCAGCGCAAGAGGAACAGGGGUAAGAAGGGCAACAAAGUCCAGACCGACGGGGCGCAGAAUAGCAAGAUUGCUUCGCGCUCGGACUCGGAGCCGUCAAACGAAGAACCUGUUACCCGCAAGCCCACAAAGACGGCUUCUCCACCCCCAACUCAGCGAGCAAUCGAGCUCGGUGGCCAGGUCUGGGCGAUCCCCGAAGUCCGCGCCCGGGUCAUGGCCGCACUGGCAAUGUGGACAGAGUGUGACGGCAAAGACCACACCCUGCCUCUGAUGUCGUUAGACAGGAAGACGUUCGAGAGUGCAGUCGGCGCGCGCUGGAACAUGGUGAGACUCGACAGCAUUGGCUUCGACUUUCUUACAGACAAGUCGCUCGAGGGCGCGGCUGGAUGGCGCCGCGAGAUCUACCGCAAGGCCAUUGCGUCGCUCGAUGUCUCGGGGUGCACUCCCGGCCUCGUGGUCCACGGCCAGACCUUCCCCGGUAUGCCAGAGAUGUUCGAUAUCUUCCCGCGGCUCAUGGUGGUGUCCUGCGAUGACAUGAUGCUGCGCGAUCCUCGGCGUGCCGCGGCGAUUGGGUCCACGAACGGCUCGGGUUUUGGCUGUGCUGCCGAACCGUUAAUCACGCCCGUCCCCGACGGCGCUCCCACGUUCGAGCUGCACGUCAGAAAGAUGUACGGCCUCAUGCCCGGGGAGCCAGAUCCCACUGGCGAUGGCGACCAGAUCCCAACACCUUCCUACGACCUGUCGCCCUAUGGUGCGCUCGCGGACGACAUCCGCGUCAGGUGGUCAUUCACUCUGAAACCGUCCGUAUCGCACGCCAUCGCGCAGGAGUACAGCUGCGACAGCAACGACUUCUUGCAGGCAAGUGAUGCCGAGCUGGCUGCUCUUCCCCUGCCGUCGAUGCUGGAGCUCGACCUGUACACGCUGCACAUCCUGAACGACGGCGGUGACUAUACGCGGGCAUGGACACGCCUGUUGGCGAUCCGACGAGCACGUGGCCUGCACACGUUCCUCAUCAGCUUGGCCGGUCCCAUGGACCUGAAGGAUCUCAAGCGCUCAACCAGAGCGAUCGCAGAAAUGCUGCACCCCUACUUCUGGGUGGGGAUGGACAACCUGCGAAGCAUCGGCGUCAUGAUCGAAUGCCCGGACGACGAGGAGGAAUCGGAAGGCUGCAUCUUCAUAGGUUGCAUGCCCCUACCCGCGCCGGGCGAGAAACGCGCGCCGAACCCGAUCCCGCCCGAGACGACCUCGCUACCGCCCCGCUUCCAGCGUGUCGUGGCUCGGAUGAUCGUUGACGUACCGCCGAUGAUGUUCCCUCAGUUCCGCAUCAUCCAGGCCAAGCUCCCGAACGCGCGCGACGUUGCCCGCGCGAUGAGGAGGUUGUUGGCACUUCGGUCCGACUUCGACUUGUGGAUUGAGAUCCUGUCAAACUCGUACGAGGAUGUCGACCUUCUCGCCCGCGCUUGGACGAGCAAGGUGAUGCAGUUUGCAGAGGGAAUCCAGCACGACAACGGGGAGGACGGGGCAGUGGUUGAGGGGACGUGGGAGACGGACAGCUCUGAUGUGUCAGAGAGUGACUCGGAAGACUCAGAUCCAGAAGAAGUUGAUGGAACGAUUCACGUCAAGGCGGAGCCACAGUCGCCUCAUGUCAAAGCAGAACCCCAAUCACCUCGAGUCAAGACAGAGCCCGCCUCGCCUCGCAUCAAGACGGAGCCGCUGUCUCCGGUGAGCAGAGCGGAGCAUCGAGUGUCCGCCCAAUCCCCCACGCAAGUCAAGCAGGAGCGGUCCCCCACCCCGAGUUGA